AUGAGUUCAACGCUUCGGGAAGUGCUCACUAAGCAUUUACCACCACCUGGAACCACGAACUUGCGCAGCGGUGGUAAGCGAACACGUGAUUCCACACCGCUGACGUGGGAUAAAUUUUUCGACGAGAACCGUACCGUCGAUGUAGAUGGUAACAGUUUCAAUGGCACGAGUGGGCCUGUAUUUUACCUACUUCAUGGCGGUGGAUACUCUGGGCUAACAUGGGCUUGCCUCGCGAGGGAACUCAGCAGUCGUAUCCAGUGCAGACUUCUGGUGCCUGAUCUUCGCGGGCACGGUCACACGCAAACUCAAGACGAUAAAGAUCUAUCAGUUGAGCGGCAGACGAAGGUUUAUCACUCGAUCGUUGAAGAUGUUCUUAGUUAUGCGCUUGUCACUCAGUUCCUAGGAAUCAAUACUUUUUUCCCCGCUGAAAACGAUGAAGAUCCACCGCUCGUUUGUGUUGUUGGUCAUAGUAUGGGUGGAGCGUUAGCCGUACAUGUCGUGGCCACAAAUGAAAUUCCGAACGUGGUCGCCUUGGUGGUUAUAGACGUGGUGGAAGGUUCGGCGAUGGAUGCUCUGGGUGGAAUGUUAACCUUUCUUCGUGGGCGUCCAAACGUUUUCGAGUCUGAAGAGAAAGCUGUCGCCUGGUGCCUGCAAUCAGGUGCGACUAGGAAUCGGGAAGCUGCCAGGAUUUCGAUGCCAUCACAGAUCAAAAAGACGGAAGAUGGAAAGUAUACGUGGCGUAUAGAUCUGACGGAUACGGAACAGUUUUGGGUUGGUUGGUUCCAAGGUUUAUCUGCAAAGUUCCUAUCAUGCAGCCCUCCAAAGCUACUGGUGCUUGCCGGUGUCGAUCGGCUAGACAAGGAUCUGACGAUAGCUCAAAUGCAAGGCAAAUUCCAAAAUACGAUUCUUCCUAAAGUUGGACACGCGGUUCAUGAAGACAGUCCCGAUCGAUUAGCGGACGAACUGGCUCGAUUUGCUCUACGGCAUCGAUUUGCUGAAGCCGUCCCCGGAGCACGACCACUUGCACCACAUCCCAUGAUGGGUAUGGGAAUGAUGAUAUAG